UCAUACCCCAAUACCUCCUCUACCCAGUGCCUCAGAUGUCCGCACUAUAGCCUAGUGCUUUAGAUAAAAAAAAAAUACACCUUAUUGUCCACUAGAUGUCCUAUAUUGUGCAAGACAUUGGACUAGGGACUGUGAGGAAUACAUAUCGGAAAAUAUAUUGCAGCCCAGGGGAGAUGACACAUUAAACAAAUACGUGGAAGCAUAUAAGUGCCAUGAGAAAGGGAUGGGGUAACAGCAGGAGCAAAGCAAGGACAGGGGAAGUGAAUACAAUUUGGCAAAAGCUUGGGACAUUCAGAGGGAGAUGGACUAGGCUUAUGAUUCAUGAACAAGGAAGUGAUGCGAUGAGAACUUGACUUAGGAAGAUUCAUAAGAUUAUAAUACUAGAAAGAUCUUAAAGGUUAUCUAGUUCAAACUAAUUUGUGAGUAGAGGUUGAGUUCCUCACUGAGGCAGUAAAUGGUUUAGAACUCGGACCUGGUGAUUCGAAAUCCAGCCCGUUUCCACUCCACCAUGCCUCUGAUCUAUCUUAUGACUGGAGGUAAGGAGAGGUCAUUAGAAUAGUCCAGGUGAGAUGUCCUGAACUUGAGGAAUGAUAGUGAGGAGAAGCUACAUGGGGGAAAAGGGGGAAGGGUUAGAAGAGGGUUAUGAGACAGCAAAAGUAGCUAAUGUAUAUUACCCUUUUAGAAAAUAGGUUAUUACUGAUCUUUUGCUUUUACAAUGCCGAUAUUUUCCCCUUACCAAAGAGCCAUCUUUUGAAGAUUUUUUUUUUAAAGAAAACGGAAGCCAAUCAGUAUAUGGAAAAAUGUGACAUGAUGUUUAAUACUCCUGGGCUGUCUUCUCCCCCCAACCUCCCUCAUACCUGUACAAAGACAUGGAAGUAAUAAAUUACUAUAGAAAUGUAUAAAAUUAGGAUUUUAGAGAUAUGACACUGACUAGAAUACUGGGCCUAGCAUCAGGAAGUCUUGAGUUCAGAAUCCUGCCUUAGACCCUUAGCUAUGUGAACCAUGGCAAGUCACUCAGUUUCCUCUUCUGUAAAAUGGGAAUAAUAUUAGUACCUACCUUUAGGCUAGGACCAAAUGAGAUAUCCGCAAAACACUUAGCAUAGUGCCUGGCAGAUAAAAGGUGUGGUAUAAAUGCUUAUUUCCUUUCUUUACUCCUUCCUGGUAUCAUUAAGGUCUUCAUUUUUUUUAAAAACACAUCUAUUGGCAGAAGAGCAGCAAGGGAUAGGCAAUGGGGGUUAAGUGACUUGCCCAGAGUUCCACAGCUAGGAACUGAGGUCAAAUUUGAACCCAGGACUUCCCAUCUCCAAGCCUAGUUCUCAAUCCAUCAAGCCACCAAGCUGUCCCCAGGUAUUUUGUUUUAUUUUCUAAAUAAGAGAAGAUCUGAAAAUGUCAGAAGGGAAGGGGCCAGCAACGUUCUGAGAAGCAGAUGGGGAAGCUAUAAGUUUGUCACUAUUUUCCAAUAUCUCACCUUCUAUAGAAAGGAUAAAAAAGUAUUCAACAAAAUUAGCCACAUCAGUUGAGUCAGACAUAUAUGCGGAUUUUCACAUUCACAGUCCCCAUACCUUAUAUCCCUUUCUUCAGAACCACCUUGGGACCUCGUAAUUGUUUUGAUUAUUUAAUUUUUAUAUUGUAUAUAUUGUUAUAGUCAUUGUGCAUGUUGCUUACCUGGUUCUGCUUAUUUGACUGCAUCAUGCUUCUCUAGUUUUCAUAGUCAUCCAUUUGUUUCCCUAUUCCUCAAUUGAUGGGCACCAAACAUUUCUAGUUUAUUACUUGCCGAGAAAGUUUUGGUGUUUAUGUGAACCUGUCUAUCUUUGAUCUAGGGUAAAUGCUUAGUCGUGGCAUAUGGGUAUGUCCACAGGGAAGAGUCAUUCUUAGCAUAUUCCAAGCUACUGAAUGGUUAAUUUAUAGAUCUAUCAACAAUUUAUUAGCAUGCCUGUGUUCUCAUAACUAAGAAGACAUUGACAAAGAAAUUAUCAAAUGACAAAGUUCUGAAGGAGGUGAGAGGAAUGAAAUUGGAUGGUCAGGUGGCAAGGAUGCUAGAAAACAGGACAUUCUCCCCUGAGGCAGAGGGUGAGUUGAAACAACUGGAUUUUGUCGUGUUCAAUGGAAUGAUAAAGAAAGUCCUUACUCCCCGACUGUCUAUUACAAUUAUAUGUAUCCUUUGAAAUCCAACUUAAUACCAUCUUUUCCACAAUUUCCAUCCUGUCCCCUACCCUUGGAUGUGAACAGAUCCCCAAAUGGGGAAAUAGACCAACCUUAAGGAGGGGCUUGGAGGCAGGAUUUGGCUAGGCUAGAUAAACCUAGUUAGGGAACAAACGAAGGGGCAUUUGUUUAGCACAAUACCAGUGUAUCCUGUCCCUAGGGACUCUCCCGCUGCCUGGGAGGAGUCAGUGCUGCGAUUAAGGACCUCAUAGGUCCCUUCGAUCCCACCCCCCACAUAAAACAAGAGGGAACUGUGGGCCAGAGAGGAGAAUUCACUUGCUCACAGUCCUGCAUGUUUAGCUAAUUUUCAAAAGACUGCUGGGAGAGACGGAAAUUUGACUAUAAAAUCACGGCAUUUAGAGCUAAAAGGGUCAUAAGCGGCCCUUUCCCCUCCAAAUUCCUCAUUUUGCAGAUGGGGAAGCUGAGGCUCUGAGAAGCGCAGGACGUGUCUCCUUCCAAUAAGCUAUGUUGAAUCUAUUUGCAUUCCUGAAUCUGGAUUUAAAAUGACCGAAAUAAGCUGCAGCCAGCGGCCCAAACCAGACACGCGAAAAUUGACAGCGUGGGAAGUACAGGACGCCGAGCUGCGCUUUGUCUCUGCAGACGGACGUCCCAGACGCGCUCGCCCGCGCCAGCCGGAACCACGUGUUGCCCGGUGUGGGUCGGGGCUGGGCUCAGUUUCCGGUCGGAAGAGAGAAGCCGGCGGCCCCGGAAGCCUCAGUUCGUGUUCCCCUGUCGCCUUUUCCUUCCCGCCCCCGCUGCUCCCUCCGGAGCGAGAUCGAGGCCGGCUGCCGACUGUCCUUCCCCAAGAUGGCGGCAGGGCCGGGCCGGCGGCGGCGGCUGUUACAACUGCUCAUGCAGUUCGGUUCGAUGCUGCUCACACGGUGUCCGUUUUGGGGCUGCUUCAGCCAGCUCAUGCUGUACGCCGAGCGGGCCGACGCGCGCCGGAAGCCGGACAUCCCAGUUCCCUACCUGUACUUUGACAUGGGGGCUGCUGUCCUCUGUGCCAGCUUCAUGUCAUUUGGAGUGAAGCGCCGUUGGUUUGCUCUGGGAGCUGCCCUUCAGCUGGCUGUCAGCACCUAUGCGGCCUAUGUAGGGGGCUAUGUCCACUAUGGAGAUUGGCUUAAGGUCAGAAUGUAUUCUCGAACCAUUGCCAUCAUUGGUGGUUUUCUGGUGUUGGCUAGUGGGGCAGGUGAAAUCUAUCGCCAGAAACCACGGAGUCGCUCUUUGCAAUCCACAGGCCAGGUGUUCUUGGGAAUCUACCUCAUCUGUGUGGCCUACUCCCUACAGCACAGCAAAGAAGAUCGGUUGGCAUAUCUGAACCACAUCCCUGGAGGGGAGCUUACACUCCAGCUGCUCUUCAUCCUUUAUGGUGUCCUGGCACUGGCCUUCCUCUCUGGCUACUAUGUGGCCCUGGCUGCUCAGAUCCUGGCUGUGCUGCUACCCCUCAUCAUUCUCCUUAUUGAUGGAAACAUCAUCUAUUGGCACCACACUCGUCGAGUUGAAUUUUGGAAUCAGAUGAAGCUCAUUGGCGAGAAUGUGGGCAUCUUUGGGGCUGCAGUGAUCCUGGCCACAGAUGGCUGAAUGGCACCCAUUAGGGAUGGGGUGAGGGGCAGAUUUUUUUUGGGGGGGUGGUACAGGGGAUUUUCUUCCACAGGCUGUUUAUUUAUGUUUAAAAAAAAAUCCAAAACAACCAAAAAACUUCCUUUUGUCAUGAUUGUCACAAAAAGGGUCUUUACCUUCUUCCUGUAGGAAAUGCAAUUCAAGGGAAAGAUAGAAGCCCUUGCAGCUGUGAUGGGGUGGUGUAAUGAAUUCCCCAGGGGUCCUCAGGAAUAUCACAGGAGAGAAAAUUCUGGAAAGAUCAGAGGCUUGUGAUAGGGGUUGGGGGUGGGUAGAGGAAGGGAGAAGCUGGAUAGACAGAGGCAGACCAGGAGAGAAGCAGAGACAUGGAGAAAAAACAAGGACCAGAUGUGUAUAUUUCUUUUUGUACAGUGUCCAGUACACUAAGCUCUUGAUGAGAACAUUUCAAGUGUGUAUGCAUGUUUGUGUGCAUAUAUGUAUAUGUCCCCAUCAGUAUAUCUGUCCAGCAGCAUUGACCAGAUUCAAGUAGCCAAGGAGACUGACCCAAUUCAGUUCAAGUUUCAAGUGUUCUCUGGGUUUCUGGAGGACAGGGGCAAUACCUGUCAGCUCCCUUCACCAAUGUGUUUCACUUUUCCUCCUUGGCUGGGGCCCAGGCUUAGGUGAUUCAGUACAGGACAACUGUUCUCCAAACCACUAUCCCUACUUUUUUUUUUGAAAUCUUCUCCAGGCUCUGCCACAUCUUUGCCCCUAGUUGUGGGAUAAGCUUCCUGGGGACAAGAGCACCUCUCUUCCUGUCCUUUUCCUUGCCCCACAUUCAGUAUACUCUGCCAUAUUCCAGAAAUAAACAUACUUUAUGAAUUUGCUUUCCUAGUUUCCCUGAAGGUAUCUUUGCUAUGAGUUGGUUUUUUACUCCAGAUUAUAUCUUCUAACUCUUGCCUCCCACUUUGUAACCUGUCAGAGAAGACUGCCCUCUGUUUUUGAAGUUCCACUCUAAAAUCCCCCUACCCACAACCUUUGGUUCAAUUCCAUUAUUGUUCUUCAGUUUGAGUGUUUCCUGAUGGAUCACUUAAUUUUUUCCUGCUACCACUCAAGUAAAUUCCCCAAUCCGUAUUCUUCAAAUCUUUUUUUUUUUAAAUAACUAUUUAUAAAGGGCAAUUAGGUAGCUCACUAGAUUGAGAAGCAGGCCUGGAGACAGGAGAUCCUCGGUUCAAAUCUGGAUGCAGAUACUUCCUAGCCAUGUGUCUCUGGGCAAAUCAAUACCUAUUUCCUAGCUCUCACCUUUCUUUUGCUUUGGGUUCAAUACACAGUAUUGUCUAAGAUGGAAGGUAAGGAUUUAGAAAAAAUUAUGAAGAAAUAUGUAGAGACCUAUUUUCUUGUGUAACUAAAGAGUAAGGGACUUAUUUCUGUCCAAAUGUGCAGAAAGGUAAAGAUGACAAUGGCUGGGGUGGACUCCUGGCUCACUGGAACUUGGGCAUCUGCUCCUGCUGUGGCCUGGCUUAUAGAUACUGGCAAAUAGCCCCACUUUCAAAACUCAAAAUUUAGCCUGUCAUCUGAGUUUUUAAAAUGAAAAUGUAGAUAGGUCAGACUCUUCCUUUCUCUGUCAGCUGAUGUUGGCAAUUUGAUGUUACUUUAGCAGCUUUUACAGGAGAAAUGUUGCUUUCUGCACUUACUGGAUCUGAGCUUUUGGCUUUUCAGGAGGGGAAAUGAAGGAGGGUCUCUCCAGAGGCCUGUUUUGCCCUGUUUGGAUCAGGAAGGCAAGUUUUAUAGUGGGGAGGAGAUCUUGGGCUAUAGAGAGAGUAGGACUUGAGGCUGUUGCUUAGCCUGAAGUUCACUGGGAACUGUAGAUGGAUCACUUCUGCUUUUCUUUUUUUUUUUUUGAUGACUUCUUUUUCUGCCCUGCACUCUUAUGGAAGGUAAGAGUAGAGUCUUUUCAUGAGGGGCAAAGUCUUGAUCAACAGAGUUUGGCUCUAAAAACAAUGAGCCUAGGGCAGUUAAGUAGCUCAGUAGAUAGAGAGCUAGGGUUGGAGGUCCUGGAUUCACAUCUGGCCUGAGAUACUUCCUAGCUAUAUGACCCUGGGCAAGUCAUUCAACCCCAGUUACCUACUCCUUACUGCUUUUCUGCCUUGGGGCUAGUACUUCGUAGUGAUUCUAAGGCAGAAGGUAAGGUUUAAAAAAGAAAAUGCUCCCACUUUGCUAUUUUUCUUUCCAAACCCAGGAAACUCUUCUGUGUCCUAUUCUCUCAGGACUUUGCUCUCUUUCAUUGUCAAUUGUUCCUCCUCCCACCCCACCUUGCCCAAUUCUGAAAGCUAAAAAUUUAAAUAGGAGAUUCAAGAGAAAUCAAAUCUAAGACUGGAAAAACUUAUCUUAAAUGGCGAAAUAUAGGGUAGGCGAGGCAUCUGCGGACAGGAAACCUUGGAUCACACAUGGAGGUGGCCGUGUAUUUCACCCACAUAUCAAUUGGCCAGGGCCAACUAGGAGCCCUGACAGGAUAUGGGUUUUCAGGGCUAGGCAUCAGUUGCUUUGGAAUAGCUGGCAGUACCCAUACUCCCUCCAGCUGAGCCAGCCUCCCUAUUUCUGCUACUUCACUGGCUCCUUCCCCUCCCCAGAGUACAAGGGCCUCAAGGCCUUCCCCUCUCCCUUUCUUUUCGAGUUCCUCAGCCAGCAAGCCUAGGCUUGCCUCCUAACUUCCUGGGGACCACUACCUCAGCAUGGCUCAUGAGUGUGCCCUUAGUUGGGCUGGGGCGUGAAGGGUUGAUGGUUCUUAUCAGCUGCCUGGGUCAGAGGCAGGUUUGCAGAAGGAGUCAGGUAGUCCCUUGGCAUGGUUAACCAGCUCAUAGGAGUCACGGAUAUCAGACAGGCCAAACCAGAAGAAGAUCCACUGUUUGUUGGAGAAGCUGCCAUCACAGUUCUUAAAGUACCUGGGGUGGGGAGGGAGCAUGUCAGUGCAUGAGGGCCCUCCUUCAAUCCCAGAACUCCCAACUGCCCUGGCUGGUGGGGAGGAUUCCUUGACUUGGGUGCUGAGAGGUCCAUGCUGCCUUCUUUCUGGGUAGUGUCAUACUUUGUCCAACAAGGGGGCUGGUUCUUGUUCUGAAAUGCUGGAGUGCCAUCUCAAUAUUUUCUUGGCCUAGUCUAAAUCCUCACUUCCAGCAGGGCAGGGUCCUCUUCCCUAGAACUAUAAUCCUUUGCUUAUUGCCUGGGACCAAAACUCAGCUGGGAGGGAGCAGGGGAUGGCUGAGUGGAAGUAGGAGAACCAUUGCCUAAUUCUAACCCAGGGGCUCUUAUGGUACCAUGUUCCCUGUCCAUAGUAGUCUGGGGAAGCCUGUGGACCCCUUCUCAGAAUUGUGUUUUUAAAUGCAUAAAAUAAAAUACAUUAUAAAGAAAA